UAAUGCAAUAUGUUCAUCAGGUGUAGAUGGAAUUCGAUUUGGCAAGCAUGAUAACCCUUCAUUGAACACAAGUUGGGUUGCUGUCUUGGUCUGCGGAACAUUAUGUGGUUGUGGUGGUGGUUUGCUGGAGUCUGCUUUUCAACUUGCUUCACCAAAAUGGACAUUUUCUACUCCUUCAGCUUUUUCAAAUCCUACUUAUGAUAUGAAGAUGUGUUUUAUUACCGCUUUGCUUUAUUCCUUAACAACUUCGGAUAUUCAAAUUUCAGUAAUGUCUUUUACUCCAAUUUUAGACAUUGAUCAAGGAAGAGCUCUCGCGAUCCUCGGCUUUGUAGGACUUAAUUUGGUUAAAUUGAAAGAUCCUACACGUAUUAAAUAUUUGCAAGAUACAAAAAGUGUUGAAAACAAAGAUAAAACACAAUAA